AUGCCGGCUCGUUCCUUACCUAGCAAACGCCGGCUGGUAAUCGACUCCUCUGAAGAUGAGCAUGCAUCCCCGCCACUGAAGUCUCCACGAAGAUCUUCUCCUCCGGCAUCCCGCACAACGCGCUCGGUCCCCAAUACGGCUCAUGGUUCCUCUCAAGUUUUGAAUCGUAGACUCGCGCUGUUCUCAUCUCAGUCCAAACGAGAAACGCCCAGAUCAACUCAAGCUAGCUCGAUAAACAACAAGACUUCUGAGAACCCCAAUCUUAAACAAAUACAAUCUCCUCCAAGGGAUGUCUCCGCGAAGACUAAACCUCUUCAAUCUUAUUUUCCCAAUUCUCAACCUCUGUUGUCCUCUUCAUCAAAUCUACCGACUAGAUUACUACCAUCCUCGCAACACGAGGAUCUCAAUGACUUGAUUGAGGAUUGUUUUUCUGACACCGACACAGCAUUAGGCAACGUAUGCGACACUGAAGUGUCGAGUAGGGUCACCACUGUCCAGAGAAUUCAACUCACAUCAGCAAAUUUCAAAAGUCACAGCCGUGAGCCAUCCAUAGGCACCGGAGGUCUUCGGUCUAAGCAACAAAGGGAGGCCCCGAGUGCUAGCAGAGGAAGCAUUCGGGAACUAAGAAAUAGCAAAACUCUGACUAUAACCCCACUUAAAGUUGCCAAGGCCAAAACUGUUGCGAUUGAUCCUCGUCCUUGGCCGGAACGCUUUGCACCACAGUCGGCCGAUAAUCUUGCUGUAAAUCCUAGGAAGGUUUCUGAAGUUCGAUCAUGGCUUAGCCACGUAUUUGAUGGCUUUUCUAGACAGAGGUUGUUGGUACUGAAGGGCUCAGCGGGUGUUGGGAAGACUGCCACGAUCAACGCCUUAUCAAAGGAGUUGGGAUUCAAAGUGCUGGAAUGGGGCAAUCCUAGCAAUGCCAUUCGCUAUCGAGAAGAGGGAGAAUUCGGCAUAGGACUGGCAGGUAUUUUCGAGGAAUUUGUAGGAAGGGCAUCAAAAUUUGGAAGCCUGGAGUUAGCUUCAACCUCGUCGAGUUUAACUGGAACGGAACCCGAAAAGCAAUCGCUUCCUGAUGGCGAUACCAAAAGGGUCAUAUUAAUUGAAGAUUUUCCAAACACGCUUUUUACCUCCUCUCAAGCACCUUUGGCUUCCUUUAGGCACUCGAUCAAGUCAUUUCUUGCUGCCCCUGUUCCAGUGCAUGCUGCACUACCACCUUUGGUACUUGUAAUAUCCGAAAGUGCCACCGUUGCCGGACCUGGUGCCUUUACUGCCCAUCGUCUACUAUCCCCCGAAAUCCUUCGCCAUCCGCUUGUCACCUCCAUCGCCUUCAACAAAAUUGCUCCUACAUUUAUGCUCAAAGCGCUCUCCCACGUAUUAACUCAAGAAUCAUGCGACUCUGGACGCAAGCUUCGACCUAGCAAGCCCUUAAUGGAGGCAUUGGCAACUAGUGGAGACGUCAGAAGUGCAAUCAUGAGCCUAGAAUUCCUGGCAAUAAAUGGAGAAUUAGGUGCAUUUUCUGAGGAGGUGACAUUUAGGCCCAAGCGCAGACAAAAGCUGGGGGAUGGUGGGCUCACAGAUCUUGAGCGAAGAAUAUUGACGGGCGUUACUCAGAGAGAAUCAAGUUUUGGGAUUUUUCAUGCUGUUGGGAAGGUAGUUCACAAUAAGAGAUAUGGGGACGACACAGAGGAUGUCUAUGUCGCACCUCCGCCAAAACCAUUUUUGAAUAUUCAUCCAUACAACUCCAGAGCCAGUAGAGUAGACAUCAACAAUUUAAUAGACGAAGCGGGUACCGACCCUCAGACUUUAAUAUCUGCCCUACACGAGAACUAUCUCGGCUCUUGUAAUUUUCUUGGCGGCUUUUCACGACAGACCCACUCUCUCGAAGAUCUUCUCGACUGUGUCAACCACUGCAUAGGGGAUUUAAGUGACAGUGAUAUUUUAACAUCAUCGCGAGCAUAUCACAAGAAUCUCGGUACAUGGAAUACAGGUGGUAACCAUGAAGCAUUUGGCGGCUUUAUAGGUACCACGGGGAUAAGACAGGACGACAUCUCCUUCCAGGUCGCAGUUCGAGGCCUAACUAUGGCAUUGCCAUCACCUGUCAAACGGGAUUUUAAGGACAACAAAAUAUUUUACCCUACGAGUCUCAAAUUAUGGAAAACUAAGGAGGAAAUUGAAGGUGUGGUGGAUCUAGUUGUUGAUAACCUUUUUCGACUCGAUGGAUAUGAUAACCAUGGGGUGCUCGGAACUGGAAAAGUAGAUUUGGUUUUGGAAACAUUACCGUACCUCAAGGCGAUUAUGAGGGGACAACAAAGGAAAGCAGCCGAGAAGAGUUCAUUUGGCAUGAAAUUGUUCGAGAUGGCCGGUAGAUCAGGCGGGGCGCUCAUGCGAGAUUUAGAGAAGGUUACUGUUUUGAAAGGCAUCGGUGGGCCAAGCGAUGAUUUGCCUGAUGAAGAGCCAAGCGAAGCACUGGACGAACUAGAAGUUGCCGAAGAAGGAAGGACGGGGCUUAUGACUUCCUAUCAAGAAAUUGUCGAUGGUAGGAAUCAGAAGGAUGAGGGAGCUACCGAAAAAUUGGACGCAGUGACGAUCGAAAGCUUGAUAUUGUCUGAUGACGAUAUUGUGGAUGAUUGGUAG